UUUGCCUAGAAUUGUAUUUGAUUGUAAUCAAAUCAUGUGUCAUAUCUGUUUUUCAAUUUGUAUGAUUAUUUUGUGGCCCAAUACAUGAUUGUUUUUUGCGAAUAUUUCAUGGGCUUAAAUAGACAAGAAAUUCUCUCUCUACACAUAAUGAAAUGGAGUGUGUGCUUUGCAUUAUUCAAUUCCUUUAUUCCCAUCCUUGCUUUUGUCUGCACAUUUGCCUAGUUCUAGAAUGGGUAUACUGAAGCUUGGGUAAGGGUGAGGUCAGCGUUCUAGGGGGCUCAGCCCACUGUCCCACCCGUGCCACAGAAUCCACGGAGAGGCCCAGCGGCCGCACUGGGUCGGGGCGAGGGGGGAGGCGGAGCCAGGUUGGGGCGGGUAGGCAGUCAGUGCGGUUGCCAGGAAGCGGGAAAGGGCCACAAUGGGGUCUGGGAGGUGGGCGGGGCGGAGCGGGGGUGUCCAGCCACGUCGCUUUGUUUUCCCAUAACAGGAGCCACAACAGGUGCUGCGAGCCGUAAGCGCCCCCCACCCGCGCUAUGGGCUCGGACGCCUGGGUGGGCGUUUGGCGGCCACACCGGCCCCGCGGCCCCAUCGCAGCGCACUACGGAGGCCCCGGGCCCAAAUACAAGCUGCCGCCCAACACCGGCUACGUCCUGCAUGACCCGUCGCGGCCCCGCGCCCCCGCCUUCACCUUCGGCGCGCGCCUCCCCACGCAGCAGACGACGUGCGGCCCCGGGCCCGGCCACCUGGUGCCCGCCCGCAUGACCGUGCGCGGCCCCGACGGCGCCCCCGCCUACUCCAUCUACGGCCGCCCGCGCCGCUCAGCGCCCUUCCUCACUCCGGGACCUGGCAGGUACUUCCCGGAGCGAGCGGGGAACGCGACGUACCCCAGUGCGCCUCGGCACACCAUUGCUCCCCGAAACUGGGGUGUCCAGGCGGAGCAGCAGAGCCCAGGUCCCGGGGCCUAUACUGUGCCCUCGCUCUUGGGUCCACGCGUCAUCGGCAAAGUCUCCGCCCCAACUUACUCCAUCUACGGCCGCAGAGCGGCGGGCAGUUUCUUCGAGGACCUCAGCAAGACCCCAGGCCCAUGCGCCUACCACGUCGUGAGCCCGGGGGUCUACAAGUCCCGGGCCCCGCAGUUCACCAUGCUGGCGCGGACUUCGCUCCCCCAAGACAACACUCAGAAGCCAGGGCCCGCGGCCUACAACGUGGAUCAGCACCGGAAGCCCCGCGGCUGGAGCUUCGGGAUCCGACACUCGGACUACCUGGCCCCGCUGGUGACCCACGCGGACACCUGACCUGGCAGGCGGGAGCGGCCCCACACUUGUUUGCUUAAAGUCUGCGAGUCCG